GUCCAGUGCAUGCUGCAGGACGUGGGCUCCAACAUUGCGACGCCUCUCUCCUCAGCCAGGGAGGCUCACUUAAAACGGACGUCUUUUAGCGAGAAGCCGGUUCUGGAGCUGGAGCAGUGGAUUGACAGUUACUCGGAGCAGCUCCCUCCCCUCAGAGCUUUCAUCUUGCCAUCAGGAGGCAAAAGCAGCGCUGCUCUCCAUUUCUCCCGAGCUGUCUGCCGCCGAGCUGAGAGGUGUGUGGUUCCUUUAGUACAAGCAGGAGAAGCAGAUCCUAAUGUGGCCAAAUAUUUAAACAGGCUGAGCGACUACCUCUUCGUUUUGGCACGUUACGCUGCGAUGAAGGAAGGGAAGGAGGAGAAAAUAUAUACAAAACCUGAAGCGUAA